AUGAAGGGCUUAUCGGGGAGCCGCUCCCAACACCAGAUCCCUUUAUCUCACGGCUUGGACUACGACCCUCACCAUGGCCCCGAGUCCCGCCACACCAGCUACCUGCUCAGCCCCACCGAGAGCUGCCCCAUGGACUUCCACCAGCGCUACUCCCCGCGCAGCUCCAUCCACUCCGACUGCAUGCUGUCCCCCGUGCUGAUGGCCCCCCCCGCCCCCAUUGAGCACAUCUCCAGCAGCACCUUCCCCAGGAUGCACUACAGCUCCCAGUUUUAUGACACGGCUGCGCGAGACGACUGCGCAGCCAUCUCGGCCUCUGCAACUUCCCCAGCCCUGAUCGCUGCUUCCUCCCACCACCCGGGCGCCAAAAGCAAUCGACUCCCCGCCAACCUGAUGGACCAGUUUGAGAAGCAGCUGCCAUUACACCGCGAUGGCUUCCACACGUUGCAAUACCAGCGCACAACAGAGCAGCGCGGCGAGAGCCCAGGGCGCAUCCGACAUCUGGUUCAUUCUGUGCAGAAGCUCUUCACCAAGUCGCACUCCCUCGAAGGAUCAUCCAAGAUGAACGGGACAAGAGGCGACAGCAUAGGAACAGGGAGCUACCACCACCACAGCUAUCAUCCUUCCAAACACGGGAGCAAGAGGAGCAAGAGCAAGGAGCGGCGGCAUCGCUCGGGCGGCUGGUGGAGCUCGGAUGACAACCUGGACAGCGACAGCACGUACCGGCCAGCCAGCGUCAUGUCCCGACACCACGGCGACCAUCACUGCUAUCCCGAUCACGUACACAGCCAUCACUUUGGAGACCACUCGCUCAAAACCUCCAGGAGUAACAACGAUGUCAAGUGCUCGACCUGUGAGAGUGUCGCCAUGGUGCCCGAGGGGAAGUUCAUGAAGAGGAGUUCCUGGUCCACGCUGACUGUGCGCGAGGCCAAAGAGCACUACAGGAAGUUGUCUCUGAAUCUGGACAAGCCUCUGAUGCACACCGACCUGAAGACCCGCACCUGUCAUUACCUACAGGUCCCCCAGGAUGAGUGGAGUGCCUACCCUGGGGACAAGGACGAAGAGAUCCCAUGUCGCCGCAUGCGCAGUAGCAGCUACGUCAAAGCCAUGGGGGAGAUCGACGACGAGAGCGGAGAUUCAGAGCCCAGUCCCAAAACAUCACCCCCAAACGCCAUACGCCCUGAUGCACUGGUCCUGAAGUCAGCCAUGAGACCCCAUCUAGACUCUCACAGCCAGGGCUACCAAUUGCAGACCAGAGACAUGAGGCCGCAGCAUAGCGUUACUUUGGACCCCUCCACCAACUUCCACCCCCCACCUUACCGCUCUCGUAACCAGAGCUACAUGCGCGCGGUCAGCACCCUCAGUCAGGCGAGCUGCGUGAGCCAGGUGAGUGAGACUGAGGUCAAUGGCCAGUUUGAGUCAGUUUGCGAGUCCGUUUUUAGUGAAGUAGAAUCCCAGGCUAUGGAGGCCUUGGACCUGCCCGAGGGAUAUGAUGUUGUGGAUGCCACCUCUUUACUAAAUGACGACAUGAUAGAAGAUGACGAUGGAGCCAGCUCGUCUGCAUAUAUGGAGCUGGAGAGACUGGAGAGAGAGACCGCUGCUGCACGCAGUCAGCACAGCACCAGCUCCACUGUUACAGCCAUCUCUGUCCCUCCGGCGACCCCACCUUCCUACAGGGUUCCAGGAGCUUCACCUAUUGCCACAUCUGAGCCUGUAGUUCCUCAGGCCCUUCAGGCAUUCAAAGAGUCUGCUAAUAUGGUUGCAGCUUUCAACCUGCAAUGGAAAGAUGAGAUCUCAGCUAUGCGAUAUGAACUGGCGGAGCUGCGGCGAGAUGUCUGCGGGGAGUUGAAAACUUUCAACAGCAACUUUUUCAACUUCACUCAAUGCUACAACAUGUGGACCCUGUGCAGGGAGCCGUGCAGCGACAGCACCACUCAGACAGAUGACCGUGUAUCUAUAGGGAUCCAGACCGGCUCGAGUUGGGCUGUUCGACAAAAUACGGAAGAUAAGUCAGUAAUGUGUCAGCCAGAGCCAAAACCCUUUAACAUUAUGGACUUCAUGGACCCUCCAAGAAUUGAGAUCAUUGAGGGAACUCCGGAGAGCACCCCCGAAGGAUCUGGAAGUCCUGCAAGUCCACUUCCAAUAGAAGACUUUCCUUGGGACAUUAAUAAAAAGCAAAGGGGUAAUAAGCAGCAGGACAUCAUUAUCCACACCGGGGGUCAUAGAAGUGCCAGUCUAGAGCUAUGGAGUCGCAAGUACACCAGUGGGCCCAUGUCAUAUCUGUCCAUGUCGUUUUAA